GGCUCCGGGUCCGGGGUGCGGGGCGCCCCGACCAAAGCCCGGAGCAGUCGUCUGCCACACCCUCCAAGGGCUGGUGGAGUCGCCACGAUUCGGACGUCCCAUCUUGGUGCACCUGACUGGGUCAGAGACAGGGUUUCUCUGUGUAGCAGUCCUAGCUGUCCUGGAACUUGAUGUGUAGACCAGGCUGGCCUCGGGCUCCAGCCUUCAUCGUGCAGUGGACACCUCAGUGAGGAUGGCUGGGAAGCACUUUGUUUAGCAGGGGCCUGAUGUAUUAUUCAGGAAGGGUGAGAGGGACCUGAAGAAAUGCUGUGGGAGUCCCACACACACAUUGGCCUGACCCAGUUGACUUCACUAGGCAGAGGCCAUCAUGGAGCAGUGUGCAUGUGUGGAGAGGGAGCUCGACAAAGUCCUGCACAAGUUCCUGACCUAUGGGCAGCACUGCGAACAGAGCCUGGAGGAGUUGCUGCACUAUGUGGGCCAGCUGAGGGCUGAGUUGGCCAGUGCAGCUCUCCAGGGGACGCCUCUCUCAGCCACCCUCUCCCUUGUAAUGUCCCAGUGCUGUCGGAAGAUCAAAGACACAGUCCAAAAACUGGCUUCAGACCAUAAGGACAUUCAUAGCAGUGUCUCCCGAGUGGGCAAAGCCAUUGACAGGAACUUUGACUCUGAGAUUUGCGGCGUGGUCUCGGAUGCGGUGUGGGACUCACGUGAGAAGCAGCAGCAGAUCCUGCAGAUGGCCAUUGUGGAGCACUUGUACCAGCAGGGCAUGCUCAGCGUAGCUGAAGAGCUGUGCCAGGAAUCGACACUGAAUGUGGACCUGGACUUCAAGCAGCCCUUCUUGGAAUUGAAUCGGAUCUUAGAAGCUCUACAUGAGCAAGACCUGGGACCUGCACUGGAAUGGGCUGUCUCCCAUCGGCAGCGCCUGCUGGAGCUCAACAGCUCACUGGAGUUCAAGCUGCACCGGCUGCACUUUAUCCGGCUCCUAGCCGGUGGCCCCGAGAAGCAGCUGGAGGCCCUCAGCUAUGCCCGGCACUUCCAGCCCUUUGCUCGGCUGCACCAGAGAGAGAUCCAGGUGAUGAUGGGCAGUCUAGUGUACCUGCGGUUAGGCUUGGAGAAGUCACCCUACUGCCACCUCUUAGACAGCAGCCACUGGGCGGAGAUCUGUGAGACCUUUACUCGGGAUGCAUGUUCCCUGCUGGGGCUUUCAGUGGAGUCCCCCCUCAGUGUCAGCUUCGCUUCUGGCUGUGUGGCGCUACCAGUGCUGAUGAACAUCAAAGCUGUGAUCGAACAGAGGCAGUGCACUGGCGUGUGGAGUCACAAGGAUGAGCUGCCGAUUGAGAUCGAGCUGGGCAUGAAGUGCUGGUAUCACUCCGUGUUUGCAUGCCCUAUCCUGCGACAGCAGACCUCAGAUUCUAACCCUCCCAUCAAGCUAAUCUGUGGCCAUGUCAUCUCCCGAGACGCACUCAACAAACUCAUUAAUGGAGGAAAGUUGAAGUGUCCCUACUGUCCCAUGGAGCAGAAUCCAGCAGAUGGGAAACGUAUCAUAUUCUGAUUGUAAGGAACUUUGCGGGAAGGUGUUAUCCAAGGCUUCAGUGGAUUGUGGUGCCUCAGACCAGCUGAAUGAGCCUGCACUUCCUUGGCUGGGAGGGGGACUGGCUGCUGUGUCUGCUGUCUUUGUUUACACUUGCCCCUGACAGUAGCAAAGGCUGUGGUUAUCAAAAGCAGACAUCUUUCUACUCCUGCCCUCAAACCAGGGCCAGCUCCUUCUACUGUACAGUCAACUGUAUGUAUCCAUUCUCUACUGUAAAUAGCCCAUUAGAACUGAAUGCUGUUUUUUAACUUUGAACAAAUAUAUUCACAGCCCUUCUC